UGUGUGGUAUUUUUAGUCCUUUAAUGAUUUUUUAAAUUGGCAUUUAUGUGACCAAAUGGGUUUUUUCAUCUUUUCCGUGCAAAUUGUUGAUGUGUGCUAUCACCUUCUUUUCCAGGCUUGUGAUUAACUGCUAUAUAUGAUUUAUGCUGUUUUCCAGCCUAAUGUUUCAAAUUAAUUGGCAGGCAUACUUGACAGAGGAGUACAAAUUGAUGGACUGGGUAUGAAGAGCUUCAUGACAUAUGAAAGCAAUGUUCUAUUUGCUCUUCGCUUUAUGAUUGAUUGCAACAUAGUUGGUGGCAACUGGAUUGAAGUACCUGCUGGAAAAUAUAAGAAGACAGCUAAACAUUUGUUAUACUGUCAGCUAGAGUUUGAUUGCCUAUAUUCAGAACUUAUCAGUCAUGCACCAGAAGGAGAAUUUUCCAAGAUGGCUCCAUUUCGCAUACUGAGUUUUGACAUUGAAUGUGCUGGUUGUAAAUGUCAUUUUCCCGAGCCUGGCCAUGAUCCUGUUAUCCAGAUUGCAAAUCUGUUAACUUUACAGGGAAAUACUGAGCCAUUAAUCCGUAAUGUCAUGACCCUUAAGUCAUGUUCUCCUAUAGUUGGUGUCGACGUGAUGUCCUUUGAUAUAGAAAGAGAAGUCUUUCUAGCUUGGAGGGGAUUUUCAUUUAUAGGUUCCUUUUCAUUUCACUCUUAUGGUGGGAGCUCUAGCCUCAGAAAACUAUUUCUCUUGCCAUAG